CCAGGCGGCGGACGCUUUCCCGCUCAGUUACCGUCAUUCUUAAGUUUCAUUUCUUACUCCAUUUCUGCUGUCUCCUUCUGAGGGCGUUUAUCCGAAGUCAAGUUACCUUUCGAGGAGCAGAGAGCCCACGGCAUGGACCCUCGGCAGGGAAAGGCAACGCGGACACCUAAAAAGGUCGAAGCCGCGGCCCCUAAAGGCUCAGCGCCGAGUGCAGGAGGCGCCCUGGAGAAGUCAGACAAAUCUUCGCCUGCCUCCGGGGCCGCCCAGUCCUCCAGAGAAAGGUGUGGCCGGGCUGGGAAGUCGGAGUCCCUGAGGAGGAAGAGCGCCCCGGGCCCCCAGGAGAGGCCGCAGGGGGCCCGCUCCAAAAAGGCGCCCCUCUGCGCCGGGGACACGGAGCCCUUGGGCGCCGCCACCUGCGUCUGUUUGGAGGGAGAGAAGCCUUCCGCGCCUCUGAGGGCGCCGGUUCCCGGGGGGGGAUCUCGCUGCGAAGAGGACGCGGAAUCCGCUAGAGAGCAGAGGUCCGCGCCCGGGCCUAAGGAGUUGCGGAUCCCGCGAUCGCUGGUCCCGGCCCCGAACCUCGCCCGAAGAGAGUCGGCGGACGGUGCCUAUAUUAAGCUUCGGGCAGUGCUGGAAAAGUUGAAGUUGAGACGUCAGGAGAUCACCUCGGCGGCUGAGAUCGUGAACGGGGUCGUGGAUUGCCUGCUGCGGAGACUGCAGAGCUGUGAAUCAGCGUUCAAAGGCAUCUCCCAGUUGCGCACUGGGAGCUACUAUGAGCGCGUGAAGAUAUCUGCUCCUAAUGAAUUUGAUAUCAUGUUUAAACUGGACGGCUACAGAAUUCAGCUAGAAGAAUAUGGCGAUAGUGGUGCUUUUUACUUUGUGAAGUUCAGAAGAAAUCCCAACGGAAAUCCUCUGAAUCAGUUUUUAGAAAAGGAAGUAUUAUCUGCUUCUAAAGUACUGACAAAGUUUAGGACAAUUAUUAAGGAAGAAAUCAAAAACAUUAAAGAUAUAGAUAUUGUUUUGGAGAGGAAGAAGAGAGGAAGCCCUGCCGUAACACUCCUUAUUAGAAAACCUAAAGAAAUAUCUGUGGAUGUAAUCCUGGCCUUGGAAUCAAAAAGCAGCUGGCCUGUUAGCACCCAGGAAGGCCUGCCCAUCCAUAACUGGCUUGGAACAAAAGUUAGGACUGAACUAAGACGACAGCCAUAUUACCUUGUACCCAAGAAUGCAAAGGAAGGAAACGAUUUUCAAGAAGAAACAUGGCGGCUGUCCUUCUCUAAUAUUGAAAAGGAUAUUUUGAAUAAUCAUGGAAAGUCUAAAACAUGCUGUGAAAAUAAUGGAGUGAAAUGUUGCAGGUUCUGAUUAUUAAUGGAUGUUUGCGGCUGUUUCUUCUCAUUUUGAGUCAUGCCACAUUUGCAAAUGAAGGUCCUGAAAGCUUUACUCCAUCCACGCCAUUGAGAUCGGCUACAAUGAGGAAGCAGCUCUUCCCCAGUUGUCUUUUGAGUGCCUUCCAACCUGGGGAGCUCAUCUUCUGGAACUAUAUCAGAAAAUGUUCUGCAGCUAUUCACAGGGUUUUCACUGGUUAAUUCUUUUUAGAAGUAUGCUGCCAGGCCCUUCUUCCUAGUCUGUCUUAGUCUGGAAGCUCAGCUGAAACCUGUCCUCCAUGGGUGACCCUGCCGGUAUCUGAAUACCAGUGGCAUAGCUUCUAGCAUCACAGCAACACGCAAGCCCCCACAGUAUGACAAACUGACAGAAGAAAAAAUUCAAGCCUCGAGUUGUAGUAAUGAAGGGUUCUACGGGGAAAAUAUUAAAUGACACAGGAAGCAUCAAAAGAAGAUGGAAGGAAUACACAGAGUCAUUAUAUCAAAAAGAAAUAGUCAAUGCAACAUAUGAAAAAAAUCAAGAAUCAAUGGUACUGAUGGAAGAAUUCCAAGAUGCACUGAAGGCAUUGGUGAAAAACAAGACUCCAGGAAUUGAUGGAAUAUCAAUUGAGAUGUUUCAACAAAGGGAUACAGUGCUGGAAGUGCUCACUCAUCUAUGCUAAGAAAUUUGGAAGACAGCUACCUGGCCAACCGACUGGAAGAGAUCUAUGUUUAUACCUAUUCCCAAGAAAGGUGAUCCAAUUAAAUGCUCAAAUUAUCAAACAAUAUCAUUAAUAUCACAAGCAAGCAAAAUUUUGCUGAAGAUCUUUCAAAAGUGGCUACAGCAGUAUAUCGAUAGGGAACUGCCAGAAAUUCAGGCCGGAUUCAGAAGUGGACAUAGAACCAGGGAUAUCAUUGCUGAUGUCAGCUGGAUCGUGGCUGAAAGCAGAGAAUACCAGAAGGUUGUUUACCUGUGUUUUAUUGACUAGCAAAGGCAUUCAACUGUGUGGAUCAUAACAAAUUAUGGAUAACAUUGAGAAGAAUGGGAAUUCCAGAACACUUAGACUGUGCUCAUGAGGAACUUGUACGUAGAUCAAGAGGCAGUUUUUCAGACAGAACAAGGGGAUACUGAGUAGUUUAAAGUCAGGAAAGAUGUGCAUCAGGGUUGUAUCCUUUCACCAUACCUAUUCAAUCUGUAUGCUGAGCAAAUAAUCCUAGAAGCUGGACUAUAUGAAGGAGAACAGGGCAUUAGGAUUGGAGGAAGACUCAUUAAUAACCUGCAUUAUGCAGAUGACACAACCUUGCUUGCAGAAAGUGAAGAGGACUUGAAGCACUUACUAAUGAAGAUCGAAGACCACAGCCUUCAGCAUGGAUUGCACCUCAACAUAAAGAAAGCAAAAAUCCUCACAACUGGACCAAUAAGCCACGCCAUGAUAAACAGAGAAAAGAUUGAAGUUGUCAAGGAUUUCAUUUUACUUGGACCCACAACACCCAUGGAAGCAGCAGUCAAGAAAUCAAAAGACGCAUUGCAUUGGAUAGAUCUACUGCAAAGGACCUCUUCAAAGUGUUGCAGAGCAAAGAUGUCACCUUGAAGACUAAGGUGCGCCUGACCCAAGCCAUGGUAUUUUCAAUUGCAUCCUAUGCAUGUGAAAGCUGGACAAUGAAUAAGGAAGACCGAAGAAGAAUUGAUGCCUUUGAAUUGAGGUGUUGGCGAAAAAUAUUGAAUAUACCAUGGGUUGCCAAAAGAAUGAACAGUUCUGACUUGGAAGAGGUACAACCAGAGUGCUCCUUAGAAGCAAGGAUGGUGAGACUGCGUUUUAUAUACUUUGGACAUGUUGUCAGGAGGGAUCAGUCCCUGGAGAAGAACAUCAUGCUAGGUAAAGUACAGGGUCAGCGGAAAAGAGGAAGACCUUCAACGAGGUGGAUUGACACAGUGACUGCAACAAUGAGCUCAAGCAUAACGAUUGUAAGGAUGUUGCGGAACUGGGCAGUGUUUUGUUCUGUGGUACAUAGGGUCGCUAUGAGUCAGAACUGACUCGAUGGCAUCUAACAACAACAACAACCUGGUACAUGGUAUGCAACUAUUGACCUUGCCAAUGCCUUUGUCUCGAUUCUGGUUUUGAAGGAACACCAGAAGCAGUUUGCCUUCAGCUAGCAAGGCCAGCAAUACACCUUUACUGUCCUUCCUCAGGGAAAUAGCAACUCUUCAGCCCUAUGUCAUAAUUUAGUUUACUGUGACCUUGAUUGCCUUUCCCUUCCACAAGAUGUCACAGAUUACAUUGAUGACAUUAGGCUGGCUGGACCUAGUAAGGAAGAAGUGUCAGUGACUCUGGACUUAUUGGUAAAACAUUUGUGUGCUAGAGGGUGGGAAAUUAAUCCCACAAAAAAUUCAUGUGCCUUCCACCUCAGUCAAAUUUCUAGGAGUCCAGUGUUGUGGGGCAUGUCGAGAUUUUUUCUUCUAAAGUGUAGGAUAAAUUGUACAUCUGGCUCCUCCUACAACUAAAAAGGAGGCACAAAGCCUAGUGGGCCUCUUUGGAUUUUGGAGGAAACAUAUCUCUCAUUUGGGUGUGCUACUCCAGCCUAUUUAUAAAGUGACUCAAAAAGCUGCUAGUUUUGAGUGGGGCCCAGAAAAAGAGAAAUAUCUGAAGCAGGUUCAUGCUGCUGUGCAAGCUCUGCCACUUGGCCCAAAAGAUCUGGUUGAUGCAAUGGUGCUUGAUGUAUCAGUGACAGAUAGAGAUGCUGUUUGGAGUCUUUGACAGGUCCCGUAGGUGAAUCACAGUGCAUACCCUUAGGAUUUUGGAGCAAAGCCCUACCAUCCUCUGAAGACAAGUACUCUUCUUUUGAGAAACAGCUUUGUUCCUAGGCCUUAGUAGAGACUGAAUGCUUAACCAUGGGCCACCAAGACACUAUGAGGUCUAAGCUGCCGAUCAUGAACUAGGUGUUGUCUGACCCACAGAGUCAUAAAGUCAGAUGUGCACCGCAGCACUCCAUCAUUAAAAUGAAGUGGUGUAUACAAGAUUGGACUGGAGUAGGACCUGAAGGUACAUGUAAGUUUCAUGAGGAAGUGGCCUAAAUGCCCAUGGUCUCCACUCUUGUCACAUUACCUCCCCUCUUCCAGCCUGCACAGACGGCCUCAUGGGGAGUUCCUUAUGAUCAAUUGACGGAGGAAGAGAAAACUCGUGCCUGGUUAACAGAUGGUUCUGUGUGAUUGAUAUGCAGGCACUACUGGAAAGUGGACAGUGGCAGCAUGGCAGCCCCUUUCUGAGACUUCUCUGAAGGAUGGUGGGGAAGGGAGAUCCUCCCAAUGGGCAGAACUUUGAGCAGUGCACCUGGUUAUUCACUUUACUUGGAGGGAGAAGUGGCCAGAUUUGCAAUUGUAUACUGAUUUGUGGGCUGUGUCCAAUGGAUUGUCUGGAUGGUCAGGGGCCUGGAAGGAACAUGUUUGGAAAAUUGAAGACAAAGAGGUAUGGAGAAGAGGUAUGUGCAUAGACUUCUCUAAAUGGGCCAAAGAAGUGAGGAUUAUUUGUGUCUCAUGUGAAUUCUCACCAAAGGGUGACCUCAGCAGAGGAAGAUUUUAACAAUCAAUAGGAUGACACGGCCUUUGGAAACCAGUCACCCUCUUUCCCCAGUCACUCUUGUCAUUGCCCGAUGGACUCAUGAACAAAGUAAAGUGGCCAUGGUGGCAGGGAUGGAGGUUAUGCAUGGGCUCAGAAAUGUGUACUUCAACUCACCACGGCUGACUUGGCUACAGCCACUGCUGAGUGCUAAAUCUGCCAGCAGCAGAGACCAACACUGAGUGUCCAAUAUGGCACCAUUCCUCGAGGUGAUCAGCCAGCAACCUGGUGGCAGGUUGAUUACAUUGGACUGCAUCCAUCAUAGAAAGGGCAGCAUUUCAUUCUUACUGGGAUAGAUACUUAUUCUGGAUAUGUAUUUGCCUUCCCUGCACGAAGUACUUCUGCCAAAACUACCAUCGUGGACUCACAGAAUGCCUUAACCACCAUUGUGAUAUCUCACAUAUCAUCGGAUCAAGUGACUCACUUUACAGAAAAUGAAGUGUGGCAGUGGGCCCAUGCUCAAGGAAUUCACUGAUCUUACCAUGUUCCUCAUCAUCCUGAAGUAGCUGGCUUGAUCAAACAAUGGAAUGUCCUUCUAAAGCAAAAUGACGGCACUAGGUAGGUGGCAAUGCUUUGCAGGGUUGAGGUGAUGUUCUCUAGGAGGUUGUAUGUGCUCUAAACCAGCGUCCAGUAUAUGGUGCUGUUUCUCCUAUAGCUGAGAUUCACGGUUCCAGAAAUCAAAGGGUGGAAAUGGGAGUGGCAUCCCUCACUAUUAUCCCUAGAGACCCACUCUCAAAAUUUUUGCUUCCUGUCCCUGUGACCCUAUGCUCUGCAGGUCUAGAGCUCUUAAUUCCAACGGGAGGAAUGCUCCUGCCUGGAGACACAAUAUGGAUUUCAUUGAACUGGAAGUUAAGAAUGCCACCCAGCCACUUUGGGCUCUUUAUGCCUCUGGAUCAACAGGCAAAGAAGGGAGUUACUUUUUGGCUGGUGUGAUUGAUCCUGACCACUAAGGGAAAAUCGUGUUGGUGUUGCGUAAUGGAGGUAAAGACAAUUAUGCCUGGAAUACAGGAGAUCCCUUAGGGCAUCUGUUAUUGCUACCAUGCCCUGUGAUUAAAGUCAACGGAAAACUACAGCACCCAAAUUCUGACAUGACUACUAAUGGCUCAGACCCUUCAGGAAUGAAGAUUUGGAUCACCCCACUAGGCAAAGAACCAUGACCAGCUGAGGUGCUUGCUGAGGAUAAAGGGAAUAUGGAAUGGGUGGCAGAAGAAGGUAGUUCUAAAUACCAGUUAUGAGCAUGUGACCAGUUGCAGAAACAAGGACUAUAAUUGUUAUGAGUAUUUAUUCUGUGUAUGUGUGAAUGAAAUAUUUUUGUUUUCUGCACUUACGUAAAAUAUAAGAUGUAAACUGGGCUAAUGUGGUUGUUCAUGUUAGUUGCAUAAUGUUAGUUGCAAGUAUGACUUUGUAAUUGUCUUUAUUUAGAAAUUGUGUAUGAUUUAAGGAGAUGCGUGCAGUUGACAAGGGGUGGACACUGAUGGUUAAGGCUGUGUUUCAACUUGGUUGGGCCAUGAUUUUCAUUUGUUUGGCAGUCAUGUAAUGAUGUAGCCUGACAAUUAUGUAAUGAUCUAGUUUGGCUGUUAUGUAAUGGUGUAAUUUGGCAGUUAUGUAAUGAUGUAAUCAUCCUCCACGAUGUAAUCUGAUGUGAUCAGUCAAUCAGUUGUAAGAUGAGUUUCCAUGGGGAUGUGGUCUGCAUCCUAUGUAUAUAUGUACUUUCUGGCAAGGCUCACUGGCUUUUGCUUGCUCUGGAUCCUGCGUCCAGCUCAUCAUCAUCUGACCUCUAGUUGUUGGGACUUGAGCCAGUGACCUGCCAUAUUGCCUGAGGAUCUUGGGAUUCGUCAGCCUCCACAGCCUGUGAGCCAGAGGCCUGCCAUCUGACCUACCAAUCUUGGGUUUGUAAGCCCUUCCAGCGAUGUGAGUCAGGGGAAGCCUCCAGCCUGAUACCUGACCCACAGACUUGAGACUUUCCAGCCUCUACAACCACAUGAGCUAUUUCCUUGAGAUAAAUCUCUGUCUCUCUCUGUCCCUGUCUCUCUCUGGAUCCCUGGUGGUUAAGAGCUUGGCUGCUAACCAAAAGGUUGACAGUUUGAAUCUACCAGCUGCUCCUUGGAAACCCUAUGGGGCAGUUCUACUCUGUCCUGUAGGGCCACUAUGAGUCAGAAUCAACUCCACUGCAACAGGUUUGGUUUUGGUUUAUACAUACAUACAUCUAUACACCUAUCUACCUACCUACACACACACACACACACACACAUAUAUAUAUAUAUAUAUAUACACUUCACUGGUUUUGCUUCUCUAGAAAAUCCAGCCUAAGAAAAAAGGCAAUUUUUAACUCCCCCCAAAAGAAAAUUAAUCAUACCAUGAUUUGAAAAUAUUGCUCAGUUGUAGUGUUUGUGAAGUUAUGGUAAUGUAAACAUUGACUUUUAACCUUAUGAAAAUUAUGAUUAACUUUAUGUCAGUCAUAGAAAACAGGAUGAAUACCUAUGGGUGAUAAUGGUGUGGAGGAGUGGGAACUAUAUUAGUUCCCUAGUGCUGCAGAACACAUUACUACAAACUUAGUGGCUUCCAACAACACACAUAUAUGAUCUCAGUUUCUAUGGGACAGGAGUCUGGGUGCUGCUCUGCUCAGGGUCUCACAAAGCUUCAAUCAAGGUGUUAGCUGCCAUCCUAUUUGAGGCUACACUGGGAAUGGAUCUGAUUUUGUUGGUAGAAUUCAGUUCUUUACAGUUGUAGGACUGAGGGCUUUAGUUUUCUUGCUGGCUGUUGGUGAAAGGCUGCCCACAACUCCUAGGAGAUACCCUCAGAUUCUUGCCACAACAUAGGUUGGUCACAAUAUGGCUGCAUGUUAUUUCAAAUUGAGCAACAGAGGGAGAGACUCCAGCAAGAAGGGUAUUACAGUCUUACCUAAUUAAUCACAUACACAUAAUCCAUUGCCUUUGCCAUAUUUUAUUGGCUGGAAGAAAGUCACAGGACCUGCCCAUACUCAGACGGGGAGGGGACCAUUCAAGUGUGUAAACACCAGGUGGGGAUCAUGGGAAAUGGCUUCUCAUUGGGUUUCUUUGGAAGUAUGUCUCUUAGUUGAUGGCCACAAGUUAUGCAUUUAUUGUAUAAUAUUAUUAUGUGAAGAGGGCAAAAUAUGCAUAAAUAGUUGAAUUUAUUUUAAAAGAACUAUAUAUAUGGCGGUUAAGUGUUCAGUUGCUAAGCAAAAGGUAGGCAGUUCAAAUCCACCAGCUGUUCCUUGGAAACACUAUAGGGCAGUUCUACUCUGUCCUUUAGGGUUCUGUGAGUUGGAAUCAACUCGAAGUCAAUGGGUUUCAUUUGGGUUUUAUAUAUAGUCUCAUGGAGCCCCGGUGGCACAGUGGUUAAGAGCUCAGCUGCCAACCAAAAUGUCAGCAGUUCGAAUCUACCAGUCACUACUUGGAAACCCUAUGGGGCAGUUCUACUCUGUCCUAUAGGGUCACUAUGAUUUGGAAUCGCCUUGAUGGCAACAGGUUUUAUAGGCUCAUAGACAUAGGAAAAAGUAAGGGAAGUUAUAUAAAAAGAUGUUUUAUUGUGAAAAUGUUCAAGCAUACACAAAAGUAUCACACACAGAAUCAUAUUCCCGCAUCAGGAAUAUCAACAUUCCAAUCCUCUGGUUUCAUUUAUGGUCAUUGACUUAAAUUAAAAAAAAUUUUUUUUUUCAUUUCUAGAAGUUCCAACUGGUUCUUAUUCCUACCUUCUAUGUCACUUUUUAUAAUUUCCUCUUUGUGGCAGAUAUUCUCAAGCUUGUUUUAUUUAUUUAAUCAUAGGAUAGUUUUAUAAUCUGUCUGAUAACUUCAGUAUUUGUAGUGUAUUUCUGCCGUUCCUAUUGCUUCUUCUCAUUCUUACUUGUGGUACCAUGCUU